AUGACCAACAAUAGCAGCAACAGCAACGGCAACGGCACGAACGCGGCGGCGAGCGGUUGGCUAGGCUUCUCGCUGUCGCCUCACAUGGCCUCCGCCAUGGACGACCACCACCACCACCACGUUCAGCAACAGCAGCAGCAGCAGCAGCAUGGCCUCUUCUUCCCUUCCGCCACUGCCGCUGCCGCGGCGGCGGCCGCCUACGGCCUCGGCGCCGGCGACGCCGUGGCCGCCAGCGCGUCGCCGUACUACACGCCGCAGCUAGCGUCCAUGCCGCUCAAGUCCGACGGCUCCCUCUGCAUCAUGGAGGCGCUCCGGCGAAGCGAUCAAGAUCACCACGGGCCGAAGCUCGAGGACUUCUUGGGCGCGGCGCAGUCGCAGGCCAUGGCACUGAGCCUGGACAACGCCGCCUCCAGCUUCUACUACUACGGCGGCGCCGGCGCCGGCGGGGGCCACCACCACGGGUCUUCGUUCCUGCAGCCGUGCGCCGACCUGUACGGCGGGCCCUCGGCGGCCUCGCUUGUGGCCGACGAGGAGGCCGCGGCCGCCGCCACGGCGAUGGCGAGCUGGGUGGCCGCGCGCGCCGGCGCGGCCGAGAGCGCCGUGCUGUCCGCAGCCGCCGCGGGGCAGCACCAGCACCACCACGCGCUGGCCCUGUCGAUGAGCUCCGGGUCGCUGUCGAGCUGCGUGACCGCGCACCCCGGCGAGUACGGCAUGGUGGCCGGGGCCGCGGCCGCGAUGGACGGCGGGCGGAAGCGCGGCGGCGCGGCCGGCGGGCAGAAGCAGCCCGUGCACCACCGCAAGUCCAUCGACACGUUCGGGCAGAGGACGUCGCAGUACCGCGGCGUCACGAGGCAUAGGUGGACGGGGAGGUAUGAGGCUCACCUAUGGGACAACAGCUGCAAGAAGGAAGGCCAGACCAGGAAGGGCAGGCAAGUUUAUCUCGGCGGGUACGACAUGGAGGAGAAGGCGGCGAGAGCCUACGACCUGGCGGCGCUCAAGUACUGGGGCCCCUCCACGCACAUCAACUUCCCGCUGGAGGAUUACCAGGAGGAGCUGGAGGAGAUGAAGAACAUGACGCGGCAGGAGUACGUGGCACACCUCAGGAGGAAGAGCAGCGGUUUCUCACGGGGCGCGUCCAUGUACCGGGGAGUCACAAGGCACCACCAGCACGGGCGGUGGCAGGCGCGCAUCGGCCGCGUCUCCGGCAACAAGGACCUCUACCUCGGCACCUUCAGCACGCAGGAGGAGGCGGCGGAGGCGUACGACAUCGCCGCCAUCAAGUUCCGGGGCCUCAACGCCGUCACCAACUUCGACAUCACGCGCUACGAUGUCGACAAGAUCAUGGCCAGCAACACGCUGCUCCCCGGCGAGCUCGCGCGCCGCAAGAAGGACGACGAGGCCCCCGUCGCCGACGGUGGCGUCACGGCCGCGGCGCUGGUGCAGGCCGGGAACGGCAGCGCCACCGCCGCGGACACGUGGAAGGUGGCCGCGGCGCUGGCGGCCGCGCCGAGAGCCGCAGAGCACGGCCACGUCCACCACCAACACGACGUGCUGUCCGGCGCGGAGGCCUUCUCCGUGCUGCACCACCUGGUGACCGCCGCGGACGGCGGCGGCCACCACAGCGCCGGCGGCGCGCAGCACAUGCCCAUGUCCAGCGCGUCGUCGCUGGUGACCAGCCUCGGCAACUCCCGCGAGGCCAGCCCCGACCGCGGCGGCGGCCUCUCCAUGCUCUUCUCCAAGCCGCCGGCGCAGCAGCAGCAGGCGGCCAGUAAGCCGAUGAGCCCGCUCAUGCCACUGGGCUCCUGGGCGUCCCCGGCGUCGGCCAGGGCCGCCGCCUCCGUGUCCAUCGCGCACAUGCCCGUCUUCGCCGCCUGGACCGACGCCUGA